GUUUUGAAGAUAUAUGAAAAAAUAUUGAAUUGAUAAGUAUAUCUAGUGUAAUAUAUAGUAGUAGCAGACCAUACCGAGCGAAACACACCACUAGCAAAUUCCACCAACAAUGGACCGAAUAUAUCAUUUGAUUCUGGCAGCUGUUGUGUCAAUAUUGACAACAGGGACUACAGCGUAUCUACCAGAGGUGUCCGCUCUAGAAUAUGGAAACAUCAGUUCCACACCAGCUCCUGUCUACUGUGAUAGACAAUAUUCCUGUCUAGACUGUUCCACGUCCAGGGUGUGCGCCCCCACUGACGAUGGCACCAGACUGUACGAAGUAGACCGGGUCACUUGCCCGACGACCGCCCCCGUCUGUGAUGACGCUACCGGAACCUGCACUGACAGUUCGUAUGCUACAUGCCCUCUUCCUCCUACAGAAGCGAACAAUAUCUGCAUGAGAGACGGAAUUUUCCCAGACCCUAAAAACUGUUCCAGAUAUUUUACAUGUAAAGGAGAUCAAGCUACGACGUAUUCUUGUCCUCUAAGCCGACCUUACUAUAAUUUUGUAUUUGGAUAUUGCAACAGUUAUAGUGGUUAUUGUCUAAAUGGUACUAACCGUUGUCAAGGACAAAGUGGGGUGAAAGUUUCUGCCGGCUGGACUUAUACCGGCUACUACAAUUACUUGUUAUACUGCGACAACAACACAGCCGUUGCAGUUGACCGGUGUAUAGGUGCAAACUAUUUUUAUGAUUACUACCAAAGAUGUGUCCCCUCUUGCCCAUUUGUAGGUCUAUACCCCAGCCAGGACAGCUGCACCGAAUAUUACAAGUGUAGCUCUAACAACCCGCAAUGCUACUCCUGCGGUAGCUACACUAUGACCAACAUGACUUGUCCCCCAGGGCAAGGUUUCUCAGAGACAGAGUUUCAAUGUAUCGAUCGCUCUCUGGUCCCCAACUGCAACGUCUCUAAUUCUGACUUUUUUAAUAAACGUUGAGAGAAAUCGAAUGUUUUGUAUUAUAUUUUCUCGUUAAAAUGCUUCAUAUCUGCCAUAUUAAGGGGUAUAGAGGUAAAGGGGUAUGCUUUUUUUGCUUUUGGCUUGAACAAUUUAAAAAUUAAUUUCCAUUGAAUACUUGUAACAAGUUAUUUAACUUCUGACAUUUAAAUUAUUUCAAGUUCUGUACAUAACUUCACACCACAUGCUCACCAUACGAUAUCUAAAUAUUAAGGCAUCGUGUUUGGAAUUAUUCUAAAUUGACCCAUUGAUUUAGUUCCUUAGAGAUGAUUAUAUGCUGCCGCGGGCGAAGAUAAUGUAAAUACACUGAUAUAAGCAAGUGUAAAUUUCAAUAUGCUAUUCCAGAGAUGGUAAAUAAAUCCAUUCCUUGAUCUAUAAUUGUGAAAUUCUUAAAGUUUAUCAUAUUUUUUUGGGAACACUGUUUUCAGAAUACGCACGAAAUCGUGUAAAAUGUCCAGAAUAUGGAUUUGUUACGCUCAUCGCAAAUUCAACUAAAUAUUCGUUCAAUUAUACUUGUGCUAAUUUGGAAUCUGUUUUAUGUACGCUGAUAUACUAUUGUUAUGCUUGUAUGUGUUGAAUAAAUAAAUAUGAAAUUAUUUGUUC